UUCCGUCAAAAUAUGAAGCUUGUCCUACUAUUGACCGCAGAUCUCGGUCCGAUUCCCCAUUCAAGUCAAUGGAUCCGCAAAAAUCGGAAGACAAACGGAAACAUUUCCGUAUGUGUUCCGUUUUUCGCGGAUCCGUUUCCGUUUUUUUAUUAACAUAAUUUAUUGUAGGCUCUGCCCUCUGGGGUGGUGGCUUAAAAAUUCAUAUCUACCUAGCCAUAACGAUUUGGGAGCCCCCUAAAAACAACAUGCCUAGGGUAGAUGUGUCCAAAUUGAUUGUCCUUAUCCAAGAGAGGCCAGAAAUCUGGGAUUCCAGGAAGGAUCAGUACCAUGAUCGGGUACGGAAGGACCGGGCAUGGGAAGAGGUGGCGCAGGAGCUGAUGCCCGAAGAUUGGGCCAGAUGCAGAUCUGAUAAGCGAUCUGGAAUUAUCAAACAACUCAAGACGAAAUGGAACUCCUGUCGGGAUCAAUUCCGACGGGAAUUUAAUGCGAGCAAAGGGCAUAGUGGAGACGGCAAGCCCAGGAAGAAGCCGUAUAUGUACACUAAGGACUUGCAGUUCCUCCUGCCUGUAAUGGACCUGCGACCGACAGUGGACAAUCUGCAGGCGGAAGAAGAUUCCUCGUCCACAAACCUGGAUGAGCCGAGUACCCCUGCUGCAUCUUUCAUACCUCAUGCUGGACCUUCAGAGGCUGAGGAAAGGCCAGAGGAGGAAAGCCAGCAGGAGAAUUCUCCGCCUCAGCCAUCCAGGCGACAAAGUUCGCGAAGGAGGGGAGGAUCUUCUGGCCAACAAGCUGCGCAGAUGGCUCGGAGGGAUUUGAUAGACUCCCAGGUCUUUGAGUAUCUCAAUAAAAACAAAGCUGAGACCCCGGAGGAGAAAAUUCUGCGAAGCCUGGCUCCUGCGUUGUCGAGAGUGCCUCCAGAAAGGCAUUCUUUGAUGCUGUCUUCCGUUGCCUCAUUAUUAUAUCUUUUUGAGGGGGAUAGUAUUCCCCUUGAUGUUAUUCAAUAUAUCGACAAGGAGAAACUAAGGCAAGCCCAUAUGUGGGGACAAAUUAGGUCACCAAUGGCACCUUCAGAGAGUGUGGCACAUAUUCAAGGUCCAGGACCCACACUUCCUGGCAGCUCUUCCACCCCGCAAAUAGUUUUCAGGGGAACAGGUCCCUACACAAGGGAGCUUUUUGAUUUAUAA